CGGGAUUCUCUGUCUGUGCGACUCUCCAAUCCUCAAGCCUCCAUUUUACAUUUUUACCCUCGAAAUUUCAUUCAAUUCUGGCGGCAUUUUCCGCUGACGUUAUCCGUUUAUGCGUCUGGAUAUUCAUUUUCUGUCUCUGUUUCCUUUUCAAUUUUCAUCCUUCUUGUUGAUUCCUUGGCAGAGUACAUACAACAGGAGGAUUUGAACUAACCGUAACUUUUUGAAGAAAUACUUGAGGUAUUAAAAAAGGAAGAAGGAAUGAUUUCUGCCCAUCAUGUAGGAGGAACCGGAGAUAGUGGUUUUGGAAAAGCCUUGUGCUCCUUUUAGGAAUUUCGCCAAUACAAUUGAAAUUUAAGUUAUAUAGACUCCACAGAGCAAAAGAUGGAAGACUCGGGAGCAUCUACAUAUACUGUGGAUGAAGCACUUAUAGUCUCAUAGUUUUGGAUUUGCAGAUGGAAGAUGGGAGCUGUACAUAUACCGUGGAUGAAACACUUAUAGUAUCAUAGUUUUGGAUUUGCAGAUGGAAGACGGGAGCUCUACAUUUACUGUGGAUGAAGCACUUAUAGCCUUGGGGUUUGGGAACUACCAGAGCCUCGUGCUUGCAUAUGCUGGGAUGGCUUGGGUGGCUGAAGCAAUGGAGAUGAUGCUUCUUUCUUUUGUCGGACCAGCAGUUCUAGUCGAGUGGGAGCUUUCUUCUCAUGAAGAGAGCCUGAUUACUAGUGCGGUAUUUGCCGGCAUGCUAGUGGGAGCAUAUUCAUGGGGCAUAGUUUCAGAUAACUAUGGGCGAAGGAAGGGGUUCCUCAUUACAGCACUAAUCACUGGGGGAGCUGGUCUGCUAAGUGCUUUUGCUCCAAAUUAUAUUUCACUAGUUAUACUCCGCUGUUUGGUUGGUAUUGGGUUAGGAGGUGGCCAUGUGCUUUUAUCAUGGUUUUUAGAGUUUGUUCCUGCUCCAAACAGAGGUUAUUGGAUGGUUGUUUUUUCGGCGUUCUGGACUAUCGGCACAGUUUUGGAGGCGUUAUUGGCAUGGGCUGUUAUGCCUACAUUUGGCUGGAGAUGGUUGCUUGCACUAUCUGCUCUACCAUCUUCAAUUUUGCUUCUGUUUUAUGGUAUUGCACCUGAGUCUCCCAGGUACCUCUGCAUGAAGGGUAGAACAGCUGCUGCACAUCAUGUUUUGGAUCAAAUAGCAAGAAUGAACAAAGCGAACCUCCCUCCUGGCAUGCUUGUCUCCAGUCACAACAUAGAACUAGACGAAAACUGUAUUCCAGUGGAAGAUACUACUCAUUUACUACCUGCAGAAAGACCUGAACCCACCAUUUCCAAGAAUGUUGAAUUUCAAAAGGGAGGAUCUACUUUGCUGUUUAUGCUUUUUUCACCAAAAUUAGUCAAAUCAACCCUCCUCCUAUGGAUGGUAUUCUUUGGGAACGCAUUUGCGUAUUAUGGUCUCGUCUUGCUGACUUCUGUGUUAAGUAGUGGAAGUGGUAAAUGUAAAUCAAAUUCCUUGGAUUUGGAGAACCACAAGGAUGACAGCCUCUACAAAAAUGUUCUCAUAACCAGUUUUGCAGAAUUUCCUGGGAUUCUGUUAUCAGCAGCAAUUGUGGACAGGAUUGGCCGCAAGCUCUCAAUGUCAGCUAUGUUUUUUCUAGGUUGCAUUUUCCUUCUCCCACUGCUAUUCAAUCAGACUGAGGUUGUAACAACAUGUCUUUUGUUUGGAGCCCGCAUAUGCAUUACGGGAACCUUCACAGUUGUAUAUAUUUACGCUCCGGAGAUAUACCCAACCUCAGUCAGGUCAACUGGUGUUGGAGUUUCAAGUGCUGUGGGAAGAAUUGGUGGGAUGAUAUGUCCUCUUGUGGCAGUCGCUUUGAUACAUAGCUGUCAUCAAACCUUGGCUAUUGUUCUGUUCGAAUUUGUAAUAUUUCUUUCUGGGGUCGCAGUUACUCUCUUCCCACUAGAAACCAAUGGCCUUGAUUUGAGGGACACUCUCUCUACUUCAAGAUAAAAUAAUUCAAUCAACAUUUUAUCUCUUCCUCACAUCGAUGCCUUCUUAGGGACUGUUCUACUUCUGGUUGAGCUUCCUUCGGUUUCUGCUAGCUAUGCAGGUUCAAACCCUUGUUGUAGCCACCUUUCGUGGUCUUCAGUAUCAGUCCUAUCAAAUCUAGUCGAGCUAGGGAAGUUUGAGAUCUUUCUGCAGAAAGAUUUGUUCAAUGACGUCGACUACUUGCAUGCCACCAUGUUUGCAUCAGUAGGUGACAUGAGACUAUAUAUGUACACAUAUAUACAGCAUGCCCAUGUGUGGGUUUUGUAUAUGUACAUGUUUGUUGUCUAUACACCAACACGAACUUAUGUGCUUCUUACAGGAGGAUGUGCUUCUUACACAGAACAUACGUUUACGUCGACAUUGACAUGUGCACUUCUCUAUGAUACACAUGCAACAUCAUUAAAUUUAUACGUGCCAAAGGUCAUACAUGAAAAUGUAGCAUGUAGUUGGUCAAUGUAUAUGUUUAUAAUAGAAUUGGAUGAUAGUUUCACUUAUAAUGUAAUUGUAAGGUUCCCAUUUCAUAAUUUUCUUUUUCAAUGUAAUAGGGAGUAGCUGUUUCUUUCAUGCCACCAAGAAUGCUGCUAUUUUUCCUGAAUGGUCAAACAGCAAUUCUGCUAAGUUUUUGUUU